AUGGGCUUCUUCGACUUUGACUCGGCCUCGGUGAUCUCGGGCAAGUCCUCCCACUCGCGCCGCCACUCUUCGCAUCACAAGAAACACAAGCACCGCUCGCGGUCUCGCUCCUCGUCCCGCAGCAAGCGACACAGCGCGCCCAGCAUCGCCGCCUCCAUCUUCGGAGGCGACGACUACAAGAAACACAAUUCGUCCAGGUCUUCCUUCUUCGGGAUCCCCAAUGCGUCGCGGUCCUCCUUCUUCGGCUUCGGAGGCCGAAGCCCGUCCUACUACAAACGCUCCCCGCGCACGUCCUUCCUCCAAAAGACGCUCAAGCAGGUCAAACGCCUCUGGCGGGACCUGGUCUACUACGCGAAGAAGCACCCGUACAAGGUCGUCGCGCUCGUCAUCAUGCCCCUGAUCACAGGGGGAUUCCUGACGGCCCUCCUGGCGCGCUUCGGCCUCCGCCUGCCGCCCGGCAUCGAGCGCAUGAUUGGCAUCGGCGCCAAGGCCGCUCAGGGCGACUCAAUCGGCCUCGUCGGCGAGGCCAUGCGCAUGGCCUCCAACGGGCUCGGCAGCCGCGGCGGCUCCGUCAACAUUGAGAGGGGCUACGACGGCGGCAUGCAAUGGGAGAGGAGGAGCGUCGAGCGGGACGGCGGCGGCGGCGGCUGGACCGACGGGCUCAUCAGCGGCGUAGCCAAGAUGUUCGUCUAA